CGGCUCUCGUUUCUGAAAACGCUCGUUUCGCGUGGUUGCCGGCGACGAGUCAUUAAAACCGAAGAAGCCCGAGCGCUCUUCCCUUCUCGCGCUUCCUGUCGCGAUUUGACUCCUGUUUCUUGGAAACUCGCACAGGAAAGCAGAGGAGCAGCGGGCCUGAUCCACCGCGUAACUUCAGGUUACGGUCUGGGUUAAGAUGUCAGCGAGCGCAGCACAAAAGUAAACUGUCAGCUUCUGCGGAGUCCCCGCGCGGAUUGCGCACGAAGCCUGCAGCCUGGGCAGUGUCGCUGUGGAAGUACCUUGGGCUGCGUUACUGAAACAGAUGGGUGUUAGGGAGGGGGGUUUGGGCUUCAUUUUGGUUUUUGAGGCAGUGCUUUGGGAAGGCUUUUUAAAAGGGGCAAGAUAAUGCCUUCUGCCAGGGAAGUCUUGUCGUCUUAUCCUGGAAUGCAGUUAAAGAUAUUUUACCUUUACCUCCAUAGUAAAACUCUACACAAAAUUCCUGCCCGUGCAGAAGCGAUCCAGAAGGGAACAGAGCUGUGCGCUGAGCUUGGAGCAGCCUUGGCAUUUAAAAACUGCACUGGAACAGCACAGAGUAAAGCUGGUGCUCCCUUCUCGGUGCCUUAGAUGAAGCCUCUUUGCUCAAGUUCCUCGGAUCCUCGGGCGUGUUUCGCUGUGGAUCGCUUGGUUCUGGCAAGCGUUCCCUUUGGUCCUUCGAGGAAUCGGAUGGAUCCCGGGGGAGAGUUACAGUGUGAACCGUUACUUUAGCCUGCCUGUAUCCGCCACAGUGUUUCUUACCUACAGACCGUGUGGCCUGUGCGUGAUGGGCCUUUAGCAGCCUGAGCUUUGAUGCUUUGUACAGGAGCCGUAAAGGUCGUUCUGGUGGAACUCGCGCUUCGCACUGGCUGAUGUGUACGCACCAGCGCUCCUCUUCUUCCUGAUGCUUUUUGCGUAAUACGUUCGCUGACUUCGUGCAUAACGAGAUGGAAGUGAAAUGCUGUAAAUACGUAGAUUAUCAAUAAGAAAUGGUAACGUCAGUGAGCACCCGUGCUCUAAGAAGAACAAGACAGCACGUACAAAAGCCAAUUUCUGUCCUCUGGCUCUUCCCAUUCUAAUGAGAAUAAAGGAUUUAUGCCACCAAGGGAAAGAACAGGACAACACGAUCUGAAUAAAAUAUGAUGGUGUUUUGUGGUGGUCUUUAUUUAAGAGUAAAGUGAAGUAACCUAAAGCUAAAAUAUCGUAGGGGCUUAUCCAAAGAGAGUUUGAGAACUAUUACAGUGAGUCUUUGCUGUAGAGAGCACAACUGAAACUUGUUCUCCUUUGUCCAUAGUCUCCAAUUUUCAACAAAUUAAGCUACGGUUGCUGUGGCUACUUCCAAUAAAGCCAAUGAAAAAGUCUAGUAGUCUAAAUUCUACUAAGCUGCUCAGGUUAAAAUUCAGAUUUCCCCUUAAGUGUUAGCGUAGUAAUGCAUGCUGUAAGGCAAGGAUCUCCUCCUUCUUUGGACUGCUUCAUCUAGGCGCGCGGUGAAGUCAGGCGGAGGCUCAAGGCCACAAGCUGAGCUGAAGUUAACUGUGGUACCCUAAGCCAAACCCCGCUAUAACUUCCUUUUUAGCGAUGAAAUCAUAGCCAAUGGUUUUCACUCCUGUGACAGCGAUGAAGAUGACAGAGCCUCACAUGCAAGUUCUAGUGACUGGACCCCAAGACCACGUAUAGGUCCCUACACUUUUGUUCAGCAGCAUCUCAUGUUAGGUACAGACCCACGGACAAUUCUGAAAGACCUGCUACCGGAAACGAUCCCUCCACCCGAGCUGGAUGAUAUGACACUGUGGCAAAUUGUUAUAAACAUUCUUUCAGAACCACCAAAAAGAAAAAAACGAAAAGAUAUUAAUACUAUUGAUGAUGCUGUGAAACUUCUACAAGAAUGCAAAAAAAUAAUGGUCUUGACUGGAGCUGGGGUGUCUGUGUCCUGUGGAAUACCUGACUUUAGAUCAAGAGAUGGCAUCUACGCACGCCUUGCUGUGGACUUCCCAGACCUUCCAGAUCCUCAAGCAAUGUUUGAUAUAGAAUACUUCAGAAAGGAUCCCAGGCCGUUUUUUAAGUUUGCAAAGGAAAUCUAUCCAGGACAAUUCCAGCCAUCUCUCUGUCACAAGUUCAUAGCUUUGAUGGAUAAAGAAGGAAAACUACUUCGCAACUAUACUCAGAACAUAGACACGUUGGAACAGGUUGCAGGAAUCCAGAGGAUAAUACAGUGUCAUGGUUCCUUUGCAACAGCUUCCUGCCUGAUCUGUAAAUACAAAGUUGAUUGUGAAGUUGUUCGAGGAGAUAUUUUCAAUCAGGUUGUACCCAGAUGUCCCAGAUGUCCACCUGAUGAACCGCUCGCUAUCAUGAAGCCAGACAUAGUGUUCUUUGGAGAGAACUUGCCCGAGCAGUUCCAUCGCGCCAUGAAGUACGACAAAAAUGAAGUUGACCUCCUUAUUGUUAUUGGGUCUUCACUGAAAGUAAGACCAGUAGCAUUGAUUCCAAGUUCCAUCCCCCAUGAAGUGCCUCAGAUCUUAAUUAAUAGGGAACCUUUGCCUCAUCUACACUUUGACGUGGAGCUUCUUGGAGACUGUGAUGUUAUUAUUAAUGAAUUAUGUCAAAGGCUAGGUAGCGAAUAUACAAAACUUUGCUACAACUCAGUAAAACUUUCAGAAAUAACAGAGAAGCCUCCACGAACGCACAAGGAGCUUGAAAUACACUCAGCCGAGCUACCGCCUACCCCGUUGAACAUUUCGGAAGACUCUAGUUCACCAGAACGGAUGACUCCGCCAGAUACUUCGGUGGUGUCUUCAGAACACCCACCUGAAUGUAAGGCAGAAAACUGUGAUCCUGCCUCAGAAACGAAAGGGACCAGCACAGAGGAAAAGCUUCAGGACACACAGACAUCGUCAGAAAACCCUGAAAAUCCUACUAGUGAAUUAAUGAACUCUGAAACAAUGAAGGAAAAUGGAUCGAACAACGGAGAAAAUAAAGAAAAAACUGAAAUAUUGAAGAAGUGCUGGGUAAACAGAUCUGCAAAAGAACAGAUUAGCAAAAGGCUGGAUGGUACUCAGUAUCUGUUUUUACCACCAAAUCGCUAUAUUUUCCAUGGUGCUGAGGUUUACUCAGAUUCUGAAGACGAUAUCAUAUCUUCUAGCUCUUGUGGGAGUAGUAGUGAAAGUGGUUCGUGUCGUAGUCAGAGCUUAGAUGUGGAGGAUGAGAGCGAGAUUGAAGAGUUUUACAAUGGCAUAGAGGAUGAGGACGCUCCUGAAAGGGAAGAGGAACCUGGAUUCGGGGAAGAUGGAGUUGAACAAGAUGAAUUGGCAGCUGAUGAAUCAGCUCAUACAAAUGAAGCUGCAGGGACGGAUCAUGCAAGCAACAAGUUGUAAAGUGAUCACUGACUGGUUACAGGAACUUUCCACCAGCAUUAGGAGCUUUGGCAUGUCAGAAUGAAUGUUUACGUCUGAAUUUAGAGCAACAAAACCAUAAGGAUGUAGUGUUUAUAAACAACUAAAACAGAUUUUCAUGCUUAGUUUUUUACCUUUUUCAAUAAAAUUCUAUUCUGCGCACUCAACACUAACUCAUCUUUUUUUUUUAAGGUACUAGGAAUAUCUGAACAGUUGUCACUAUGUUCACUUUUAAGUUCAUCUGUCUGAUCAGGCAUCCAUGUAUAUAAUACAUAUUUUUGCUUAAUGAAUUUCAGCUUAUAUUAUUUUUAAACAGUUUUGAAAAAGCCAUUGGAAUGUUAAACUAAUAUAAAGGGAACAGCUAAUUUAGACCAAAGAAUGGUAUUUUCACACCUCUUGCUUUGUAACAGUUUGGUUUAUUUAAAACCUUCUUACGCUUCUGCUAAACCUUUCAUUCUCGCCUAGUCUGUCAUUAAACACUGGCAUUUUCUAAGACCUACUGUGGCAGCUAAUUUUUUGCUUUAACAGUUAUUUUGUAUGUUUGAGACAUACUUAAAUGUGAGUAGAUAGAUAGUUAAAUGGAAACAAGACAGAGAGCACUUCAGAAAUCCUAUGGUUUUUAGACUGAUCAAGAAGUGCUGUGAAAAUGCUGAGGUUCCUGAGUUGAAGACUUCCUGUGGACGUGAAGCGAUGUUGACAUUGGCUCCUUAGCAAUUCCAAUACUGGCCUUUUAAACAAAAUGGAUCCCCCACAGUAGAAGUUUUUCACAUUGCGUACUAAAGUCAAAUAUAGCGCAGCUUGCAUUAAAAAUAGCAUUUGAUAAAUUGCCAAGGCUCUAAUGUGGAAGCUAGGCUGAGUUCAGACUAGGGUUUCUACCAGCGUGUGAGAAGGCACAAGAAAAAAAAAUAAGCUCUUCCUUACUGAUGCAACGAAACGAGGAGAAAUUAACUUAAAUAGUGAGAGCCUCUGCUUGCGCUGCUGAGUGGAUAAAACACAGAUGCAUAACCUAACCUGGAAGCAGGCUGUUCUGAGGUCACGUCUCGGGUUGGGAGAAUGAUUUUCCACCUGCUAGCUCCACCUUGCAUAUUAAAAGCAACGCAGCUACUCAGAUUAGUACGUUGUAUAUUCAAGUGCUAGGCUGCCUUAAAACUGGAUGUUGCAACUUUUCAAGUGCGGAUUGUUUCCAAGCCUUUAGAACUAUUUUGUAAAAUUGCACAGCGCAGUAGUUAAGUGAAACAGCAUUUUUCUAUAAACCACUUUUUCAACAUUGGCCCAAAUGAACUCUACGAUGUAGACUAUUCAUAUACUUUGCUUUAAUAUUUAUUACAUUUUGGAAGAUGUAUAGUAGCUGUUCUUUGAACAUAAGAUACAUCAGUUAAUAAAUAUUUAAGAACAGCCUCCUGUAUUCAUCAGAAAAUGUUGGCAUGUCGUCUCAUUGUCCAAAUUUAAUACAGCUCUUAUUUGGCUACACUAAAGAAUGCAAUAUGUUUAGUUUUCACUUGCAUGUCACAAUGUAUUAGUUUGUGCUAUAGGAGAUAUUUUAAAUUGAAAUACUUUGUUUUAAAUUAUUUUUACAGUGAGGAUUGUUUUCUGCUCUUUUAUAUUGUAUAUAGUGUCUUUUAUGUAAUCUACUGGCAUAUGUUUUGUAGAAGACUGUUUAAAAUGACUGGCUAUCUUCCUGCAACUUUUGAAAUACAAAACCAGUGUUUUAUACUCGUACACUCUGUUCUAAAGUC